CCACUGACAGAUCAGCUAUGUACACGUGUCAAAAACCCAUUUCACAAUUCCUACAAAGCGGAUAACACACACACAAGCACACUCAGAAUUCGGAAAUUGAUAACCAUCCGGAUGUCUCAAAACUCAAAAGGCUCUCCAUUAAUGAGUUCUAAAUGUUAGCCAGCGGCAAGCUCACUGCCAACAGCAGCCGGCAGCCAGAGCUGAUUCAGCCUGAGCCAACCACACCAAGAGUAUUAACCAUAUUAUCAACGGUGAUAGAGAAGCUAGUGGCUCGUAACGACCGGAUUGUAGAUGGGAUGAGCUCAGGCUUGACUAGGCUUGGGAAGAGCUUAAACGCAUUUCAUGGUGUAAGAGCACCUAGCAUAAGCAUUCAAAAAUACUUGGAGAGGCUAUACAAGUACACAAGUUGUAGCCCAUCCUGUUUCGUGGUUGGAUAUGUGUACAUAGACAGGCUGCUUCACAAGCACCCUGACUCUCUUGUCGUAUCACUGAAUGUGCAUAGGUUGCUGGUUACAAGUGUCUUGGUUGCUUCUAAGAUGCUGGAUGACGAGCACCAUAACAAUGCAUUCUAUGCAAGGGUAGGAGGAGUGAGCAAUGCAGAAUUGAACAAGCUGGAAAUUGAAUUCCUUUUCCUAUUAGAUUUUGGGGUAAUGGUAAGUUCUAGAAUCUUCGAGAACUAUUGCUUGCAUUUGGAAAAAGAGAUGCUGUUGAAUGGUACACUUCAGAAAAUUGAAAGACCAAUACCCUCUAAUUCCUUGGAUGAUGUAACAGAAAUAUCAGUAGAUGAUACACACAACUCUACUUCACCAUCUCAAGUAGUGGACUGACUCUUUUGAGUUUUAGAAAUUUCUCUCCUCGUCUUGCUUGUUUUAGAAAAAAAAAAUUUAGUAAAAAGAUCAAGUUUACUCUGAUUUUA